AAUCUGAAGUCAGACAGAGUUAAGAAGUUAUCUGAAGGAGAGAUGGCUGGAAACACCCCACAGUUGGUGAAAGAUGUGGAUCCACAGACAUUCACAGAGCCCUCUGCUCCACUCAAGUGUCCAGGGAAUAUUCUUCAGGGAGGACGGCAUGCCAAGCCAGGAAGAUGGCAGGAUUCACGGAAAGGGUUUCAUCUGGGAAGCAGAGACAGUGACUGGAAAAUGAACAUCGCUGUCAAUCAGGACACAGACUAUGCUGAACUGGUUCUGUCUGUAGGAGAAAUCACACUUGGAGAGAAGACUAGGAAGUCAAUGAAAGAUUGUCAACUGAGAAGAAGAGAGGCCAAAACUAUGGCACAGGCUGUGUGUGCCCUGCUGAAUUCUGGAGGGGGCGUGGUCAAGGCUCACAUUAAAAAUCAAAAGUACAGCUUCACCAGAGAUGGAAUAGGACUGGACUUGAAAGACUUCUUACCUGAUAUAUUGCCUGAAUACCUAGACUUCAUGCAGCAAAAAGACUACUUUUUCAUUUUUGUGAAAGCACGGAAGCCGAAUAACACAGGCCAGGGGAUCACCACCUUGAAAACCAAGUUGUAUAGGAGAAGCAUCUCUUCCUCAGAUGAACUGAAAGCAGCUGCUGCAAUGCAGUUCCUCAAAGUCAGGAAAUAUACUUCAGAGAUAUCAGAUUCCAGACAAAGUUCACCUGGAAAAAUCAUCUGUAAUGAAUUACCAAAUGAAUGUCUUAACUUAUUUGACAGAAACCGGCUUACCUAUAAGGAGAUAGUCUCUUUCACUGAAUCCCCACAUGCUGAAGUAAAAUUGACUCCUAAGGAAAAGAUUUCAGAGAUUCUCCCCCAAACUGUUUCUGCAUUUGCAAACACUGACGGGGGAUAUUUGUUUAUUGGUUUGAAUGGCAAAACCCAGAAAAUUAUUGGUUUUGAAGCAGAGAAGGACGAUCUUGUGCUUCUACAGAGUGAAAUAGAACAGUGCAUCAGACAGCUGCCUGUCACUCACUUCUGUGAGGAGAAGGAGAAGAAGAAGAUCAAGUACACAUGCAAAUUCAUCAAAGUGCACAAAUCUGAAACUGCGUGUGCAUAUGUGUGUGCACUCAGAGUGGAGAGAUUCUGCUGUGCAGUGUUUGCUGCACAUCCUGAAUCCUGGCACGUGGAAGACAGUUGCGUGAAGAGGUUUACCACAGAGGAAUGGGUGAAGCGGCAGAUGGAUGCUCCAGCAGGUUGUGGAACCGAGAUUAAUAAUGAGAUUACAUUGGGCUAA